CCAUGGCGGCGGCGGUGGCUUCUUCCGAGGCGCCGGCGGCGGCUGCGACGGCAGAGCCCGAGGCCGGGGACGAGGACAGUCGCGAGGUCCGAGUGCUGCAGAGCUUGCGGGGCAAGAUAUGUGAAGCGAAAAAUUUAUUGCCAUUUCUUGGACCCAACAAAAUGAGAGAUUGUUUCUGUACUAUAAAUUUGGACCAGGAAGAAGUUUAUCGUACCCAAGUUGUUGAGAAAUCUUUAAGCCCAUUUUUCAGUGAAGAAUUUUACUUUGAGAUUCCAAGAACUUUCCAGUAUUUGUCAUUCUAUGUUUAUGAUAAAAAUGUUUUACAAAGAGAUCUUCGUAUAGGAAAAGUAGCCAUCAAAAAAGAAGACUUGUGUAACCACAGUGGCAAAGAAACUUGGUUUUCACUACAGCCUAUUGACUCUAAUUCAGAGGUUCAGGGUAAAGUUCACCUUGAAUUAAAACUGAAUGAACUGAUAACAGAAAAUGGAACUGUGUGCCAGCAGCUUGUUGUACACAUCAAGGCAUGCCAUGGGUUGCCUCUCAUAAAUGGACAAAGUUGUGAUCCUUAUGCAACAGUUUCUCUGGUGGGCCCUUCUAGGAAUGAUCAAAAGAAGACAAAAGUAAAGAAGAAAACAAGCAAUCCGCAGUUUAAUGAAAUCUUUUACUUUGAGGUAACCAGAUCCAGUAGUUACACGAGAAAGUCCCAGUUUCAGGUAGAAGAGGAGGACAUUGAAAAGCUAGAAAUUAGGAUUGACUUGUGGAACAAUGGAAACUUGGUCCAAGAUGUUUUCUUAGGUGAGAUUAAGGUUCCUGUGAAUGUGUUAAGAAAUGAUUCCUCUCAUCAAGCCUGGUACUUGCUACAACCAAGAGAAAAUGGAAACAAGACGUCUAAAACCGAUGACCUGGGGUCUCUUCGAUUAAAUAUAUGCUAUACAGAAGACUAUGUGCUUCCUUCAGAGUACUAUGGUCCUUUGAAAACUUUGCUGCUAAAAUCGCCAGAUGUUCAGCCAAUAUCUGCCUCAGCUGCUUACAUUUUGGGUGAAAUAUGUAGAGACAAAAAUGAUGCCGUCUUGCCCCUUGUCCGACUGCUGCUUCAUCAUGAUAAACUUGUUCCUUUUGCCACUGCAGUGGCUGAAUUAGACUUGAAGGAUACACAAGAUGCAAAUACAAUUUUUAGAGGAAAUUCUUUGGCUACCCGGUGUUUGGAUGAGAUGAUGAAAAUAGUGGGAGGGCACUACCUGAAAGUAACAUUAAAACCUAUUCUAGAUGAGAUAUGUGAAUCCUCAAAAUCGUGUGAAAUUGAUCCUAUUAAAUUGAAAGAGGGAGAUAAUGUAGAAAAUAAUAAAGAGAAUCUGCGCUACUAUGUAGACAAAUUAUUCAGUACAAUUGUAAAAUCAAGUAUGAGCUGCCCCACUGUAAUGUGUGAUAUCUUUUAUUCUCUAAGGCAAAUGGCUGCUCAAAGAUUUCCUAAUGAUCCUCAUGUUCAGUAUUCUGCAGUGAGCAGCUUUGUGUUUCUUCGUUUCUUUGCUGUAGCCGUAGUAUCACCUCAUACUUUUCAUUUGCGACCUCAUCAUCCAGAUGCACAGACAAUUAGGACAUUAACUCUCAUCUCGAAAACCAUUCAAACUUUGGGAAGCUGGGGCAGUCUGUCCAAAAGCAAGUCAAGCUUCAAAGAGACGUUCAUGUGCGAAUUUUUCAAAAUGUUUCAAGAAGAAGGAUAUAUUAUAGCGGUUAAAAAGUUCUUGGAUGAAAUUUCAUCUACUGAAACUAAAGAAUCCAGUGGUACAAGUGAGCCUGUGCAUCUGAAAGAAGGUGAGAUGUAUAAAAGAGCUCAGGGAAGAACCCGGAUUGGAAAAAAGAAUUUCAAGAAACGGUGGUUCUGCUUAACAAGCAGAGAGCUCACCUACCACAAACAGCCAGGUAGCAAAGAUGCAAUUUAUACAAUUCCAGUAAAAAACAUCCUUGCUGUGGAAAAACUAGAAGAGAGUUCCUUUAACAAGAAAAAUAUGUUCCAAGUAAUACAUACGGAGAAGCCACUCUAUGUCCAAGCAAAUAAUUGUGUAGAAGCUAAUGAAUGGAUAGAUGUACUCUGCAGGGUGAGCCGAUGCAAUCAGAACCGGCUCAGUUCUUUUCAUCCCUCUGCAUUCCUGAAUGGAAACUGGCUGUGCUGUCAGGAAACCAGUGAAAAUACUCCAGGCUGCAAGCCAUGUACUGCAGGUGUCCCUGCAGACAUCCAAAUAGAUAUUGAUGAAGACAGAGAAACAGAAAGGAUUUACUCACUUUUUACUCUAAGUUUACUUAAGCUGCAGAAGAUGGAAGAGGCCUGUGGAACAAUAGCAGUCUAUCAAGGACCCCAGAAGGAACCUGAUGAUUAUUCCAACUUUGUAAUUGAAGAUUCUGUAACAACCUUUAAGACAAUUCAGCAAAUAAAAACCAUCAUCGAGAAGCUGGAUGAACCUCAUGAAAAGUAUAGAAAGAAAAGAUCAAGUAGUGCGAAGUAUGGGAGCAAGGAAAAUCCAAUUGUUGGGAAAACAUCUUAGAGUUUGACCAAUUGAUUCAGAAGAACUGGAAAAUAUUUUUCUUGGAUUUUCUCAUAUUUUGUUCAUAGUAUUUAAGAAUGAACAUUGGCUUCAAUGUCACUUGCAUUCACAUUGUAUUUAAUAUUUAAUAAUUGAAAUUACCUGUUUGAGAAUCCUGAUAUUGAUAUAUUACUAGAGAAUUUGAAACCCAAGAUUCCCUUCAUAUCUUCUGUGUCCAAAUCCAUGUUUCUGCAACAACUUUUUAAUAGGACAAGUCUUCCUAAAGAAGGUUCCUAAAGACGCUUUGUAACAAAGGGAGAACUCUUCCAUAGCAAGAAACCAUCAGUUCUUGUACAGCUGUUCUGUGGACUUGUUUUCACUACCAUUAGUGCCUGCUCUAUACUGCCAACAUCUGUGUUUUACUAGAAAAAUCUCAAUUCAUGACAAUUCAAAGCUUUCCAUUUAGUUCAUCUAUACCCUCCCUCUUUAAAAAAAAGAAAAAAAAAUCCCUUUGGUCCAUUAGUCAUUACAUUAGGUUACAUUAGUGUCAGUAACAGAAACUUCAGAAAACUGCCAGAGCAUUCGUGGAAGUUGGGUGGAUCCUUUUGCCUAUGUAGAGAUGCAAACAGAACUCAGCUCGGAAGAAUCAGGGAACAUGUGCUGUUGUGUGCAUUUUGUUUACAUUUGAGAUGAGUGAUGGCAGAUGAAAUAAAAUGAGACCACUUUUUUCCAUUGUUUUAAAUAUCAGGUACUCAUCUUCUUGAUUUGAAAGUUCUGAUUAACAUGACUUCUAAGGCUAGCUCUUCUGAAAAAGAGGAGAAAGUAAACCGUGAAAGAUGGUCGUGGAAGAAUCACUUGAUUUCACUGGCUAAUUCAUGUUGUAACAAGGGCCACCAUAAGGAUGCCCUUCUUACAGUGUUAGGUUGUGAUCUAACUCAAGAACAGUCACUCGGCGCACUUUAAUAAUCUGGACUGCCCCAGGUUAUACUUUAGAUACUCCAUGGUAUCUGACUUUUAUGAUCAGUUGAAUGAUCAGUGUUUAAGUCUAGAAAUAAUGUUAUCCUGAAAAUGUUUAUAUUUCAUUGCUAUCUCCUUAUUGCUUGCUAGCCAAAUGGAAUUUGGGCAAGCAGCUGUUUGAAUCCCAUUUUUACCUGAUAAUUUACUUUUGUUCUGAAAACCAUAACUGUAAAUAAGCAGUUGAAGCAAGUUGCCAUCUUAAAGUUAAGAGGGGAUAUAUUUUGCUUCAUCAGUAUUAAAGACCAUGGUACUCUUGUCUUUGUAAUUCCAAACAUUUUCUAAAUGUGGUACUUUGAAACUUGGAGUAUUUAGUUAUGUUUCUUUUUAAAACUGUGACUUAUUAGUGUAAGUCUAGCUAGUAGUGCAUUUUUUAUUUCCCUCAGCAUAAGCUAUAUUUCAAUAUAUACUUUGCCAAUUAUCUUAUUGGUGAUUGUUUUUAAAUUGUAUUGUUUUUAGGUAAUAGUCUGAAGAACAUUGGCACACAAAGUUGUUUUAUAAAUGUUAUUUCUCUGAAUGUGAAAGAAAAAUCAACUGGUUAUGUUUAAGAAUCAGAAAUAGUCUGUAUUAUGAUCGAUUAUUACUCCUGGCCUAAAGACAGAUUUGAAAGUUCUUUAAAUUUUAUGAACUAGUAAAUCCCAUAAACUACACUGAUUUAUAAAUAUAAAAACUUAGCCAUUUAAUAAAUUUCUCAUUCUUGAAUUUCAUCAAUUAGAAUUCCUCUUAAGAAUCUUGGAAAUGUCUACCUGCGAUGACUAUGUACCCAUUCAUUACUUUUUAGUGAUUCUUUCGUCCUUUGCUAUUUAAGAUGGAAAAUAUUCUAACAUCAGAUCUUCAAUUGUGAUUGUUUUGAAGAGAUCACAGCACAAUCCAAGGAACCCCAACUAUGUGAAGAGAAGGGUCCAGUCAUGUAGUUUUUUUUUUUCUUCACAUGGCACUUUAAACAGCCAGUUUGACUGGAGUUAACCUGCCUAAAAGUAAAAAGUAAUGAGAGAUUUCUUUUCUUUGACAGUCUGUUGAAAUAAGAGUCCCUGUCAGUAGGACUCUAAGGUAGCCAAGGAUCUAGCUUCCUAGGUCCUCGUUCUUCUGAUGUUACUCAUGAGGACUUUGAUUUUACUACCUGGGCGCUCUCUGCUUUUUCUGCAUUUGAAAAUAUACAUAACAGGUCACUUCUCCCUGAAACCCCAGGAUGGAAAGAAAAGAAUGACAAAUGGAAACUUGCCAUAAUGACAGUUCUGGUUCUUAGUUUAGCCAUUUCCAUAAAUUGAAAUUGUGGUGAUCUGGGGCUUGUUUUGUUUUUGUUUACUUACGUUUUUUAAUAUUCAUUUAAUAAAAUGAUGGGCAAUAGCAAAGGUUUUUAUUCCCAGGAAUAUAAUUUAUCAAAUUGAACUAUUUUAUUUGCCAAAGAAACAGCAUUUUAUCACGGGUAAUGGUUAAAUGUCAAAACUAAGCUUUUUCUAUUAUGUUAAAAAAAAAGUGACAAAUGAUGUGGCUUUUGUUUCUGAAACCUGAUUUCAUUUUUUAUUAGAAAGGCUCAUUCAUGCCAGAUUUUGAAAUACAGUUGUUUUCUGGUUUUUUUUUUUUUUUUAAGUGAAAGCACCUUUAAUUUGCUCUAACGGUACAUCCUGUAAAGACAGAAUUCCCUAUAGCAUUUUAGGUGUCCUUACAGUAUGUGAAAAAUACAAGACUCAUUCUAGAGUUGCAUAUCAAUCUUAAUUGAUACUAUCUGCUUCCAUUUUUAUUAACUUGGAAAUUAAUAUGUUGCUGGUAAAUAUUGGUUUUUACAGUGUCCAGUUGAAAAUGUAAGUUAUCGAAACUUAAUGUAGUGAAUUUGUGUAACCAUGUUGUAUUGUUGAGAAUGUAUUUUUAUUUAAAUUUUAUUUUCUUAUCAAGAGUAUUAUAAAAAUUAAAAACUUUUGUAACUGUCGCUUGGAAAUAACUCAA